CUCCAAGGGACGUUCAGGGACGUCUUGCAACCGGACUGGAUCAGGACGAUCAGGGAUGCCUCGCCAGGGAGACGAUGACCAGUGGGACCCCGUUGAGGAUGUAUGCGCUGAGUGCGCGAGUAACGCCAGCCCGAGCUUUGACGACGAAGAGCUGAUUGGCUGCGCACGGUGUGACAAAAGAGGUGUGAUUCGUUCUAUAUGGAUGGCACGAGAUGGCUGUACUGACAUCGUGGCAGCACACCCCUCUUGCCUCGGCGACAUCGAAAUCACCGGAACUUGGGUCUGCCCCGAUUGCCAAAUCUGCGAAGAAUGCGGCCAAAACGCAAACUCACACCAUCUCAAAACAUGUGCAAACUGCGACGCGACAUACCACAACUACUGUCUCGAACCACCCAUAAGACGCUUUCCUGAUAAUUGGCUGUGUCCGUUUUGCGCGGCGGGGAAGAAGGCGAAUGGCGGAGGUGGUGGUACCUCGCGGAGACGACGGGCGACUGAGACGCCGGGAGAGGAGACGCCGAGGGGGUCGAGUACGAGGCCUUCGAGAAAGAGGAAGAUUGCGGAGGUGAGCCCGACGCAACCACACGAAACGCCUGCCCCUCCGAGACAGAGCAGAUCGAUUACGGCGACGCCAGCGCCCCCACCGGAGACGCCAGCCGCAACAGCGACAUCGAAGAAACGAAAGAAGAAGACCGUUCUCGAUACACCCUUACGCGUCCAAAUUCUGGAACAGACACCGCACAAGCUGAUGCUUUCCUUCAAGCUCUCACCGGCCGGGCUGGCAGCUGUGACCUCACGCAGCUCUCGCAAAAACAGAGACAAGACACGACCAUCCGAGCUGAAAAGCAAGGAGAAAGGAAAGGAGCCAGAAGUACCAUAUGGCGGCAUCCUCACCGGCGCAGAUGCAGACACGAGCAAAACCAUGCCCGACGCCCUCGACAAAGACCGCUUCAACACCGCGCGCAAAAAAGCAAUCGAAGUAACCGCAACCCGUCAAGCCUCCUCCCUGGUCGAAUCCCCCGUCCUAACCCACAACGCCAACGACAGCACCAAAGACCUCACCGACCGCUCCCGCCACAGUCAAAUCCGUUGUAUCCACUUUGGCUCCUACGAAAUCGAGACAUGGUAUGCAAGUCCCUAUCCAGAGGAGUAUAGCCGAAAUAAGGUUUUGCAUAUCUGCGAGUUUUGUUUGAAGUAUAUGAAUUCGGAUUAUGUUGCUUGGAGACAUAAGUUGAAAUGCCCAACCAAAUACCCCCCCGGCGACGAAAUCUACCGCGACGGCGCAAUCAGCGUCUUCGAAGUCGAUGGGCGGAAGAAUCCGGUGUAUUGUCAGAAUUUGUGCUUGCUGGCCAAGCUGUUUUUGCAGAGUAAGACGCUGCAUUAUGAGGUUGAGCCGUUUUUGUUUUAUGUCAUGACGGAGUGGGAUGAUUUUGGAUGUCAUUUGGUUGGUUAUUUCUCGAAGGAAAAACGGUCAGAGACGAAUAAUGUUUCGUGUAUUCUUACGUUACCGAUUCGACAACGGAAAGGUUACGGUAACUUCCUCAUCGAUUUUAGCUACCUUCUCUCCAAAAAGGAGGGUCGGACGGGGAGUCCGGAGAAGCCGUUGAGUGAUUUGGGGUUGGUUAGUUAUCGGAAUUAUUGGCGAACGGUGUUGAGUUAUGAGUUGACGGAGUUGUAUGCGAAGGGGAGUGUGAGUAUUGAAGAUUUGUCGGAACGGACUGCGAUGGCUGUGGAUGAUGUUAUUUCGGCAUUGGAGGCGAUGAGUGUGCUUCAGCAAGAUCCGGAUACGGCGGAGUAUAAUCUCGUCGUUGAUCUCGAUGCCAUUCAAGAGAAUAUCACGAAAUGGGAGAGCAAGAAAUAUCAGCAGCUCAAGCCUCUGAAUUUGAAGUGGACGAAAUUUAUCAUGCCUGGGCCUGGGUAUGGACAAGCGUGGAAUGCGCCAAAGCAUAUUCAGGUGAAAGAGGAUAGGCAGGAGGAGGAUGUUCCUGAAGAGGGGGCCGGGGAGGAUGAGGAAGCCCCGGCGCAGCCGAUGUGGACGCUGAGUACGCCUGGGAGAGGAAGGCCGCCGAAUCCGAAUAACAUCAAACUCCCACCCGGCGUCGUGCUGAACACCCCGGCCGCUAUCCCAGCUCGUCUCCAAAAAUCCCUCUCGACACCCAAAUCACGAAGCAGGACUACGGACUCCACCCCAAAAACACGGCACAAACCCCGCGCGGAAGAUUUCGAAAACCCGGAUGGAACACUAAAUGAACCAAUGCUGGAAAUCCACCGGAAGAAGAUGAAGAAGGGGCCGGGGUGGUAUCCGAUGGUUGUUAGGGAGAAACAUGGGAUGGGACCGCCGCCGGAGUAUGAGAAGAGGAAGAAGGAGAGGGAGGGGACGGUGGGGGAGAAUGGGUACGUGAGUGCGAGUGCGACGAUGAGGGACGAGGGGACGCCGGCGGUGUGGGAGGAUGCGGGUGAGCAGGUGGUUGUUGAUCCGGCGUUGCUUCGGUGACCUCGGGACCGUCGGCGGGAUCGAGGUCUCCUAUGACGGUAGUGGGAUGAAGCUUACAUAGAUAUAGACUUUUUGGUGGGAUUUGUGGGACAUGAUUCACCCUCGUAACCCAAUGAUCUUUUCAUUUGGAAAUGCAGAUAACCCAGAAAAAGAACCCCAGAACUCCAGAAAUGAACCAGAAAACUCAGUGACGAGGCAAAGCAAUAAUCACAACUCCU